ACUUAAUAAUUUUAUUUUAAAUGUCCAUGCCGCUAAAUUUCUAUAAGAAAACUUAAUUUUUUUCGAUUAAAUAAUUAUUUGUCAUGGCUGCAGAACUUCAAGUUAAUGGAAUGGGUGGCUCUGAAGAGCAGUCUGAAAAUACUGACGAAGUAAAUGCUAAAAAAAAUAUGAAGUAUUACAGUGGAGCUGCUGCAGAUUUAGAAAAAGUUACUGACUAUGCAGAAGAAAAAGAAGUCAUGUCUACUGAUGAUAUAACUGGUGCAAUGACUAUAAUUGGUGACCGAAGAUUAAAAGAAGCAGCUGAUAAAAUAGCGAAAGAAAAAGAAUUACAAAAAGUGAAUAUCAAAAAAUCUGAUGUUGAAUUAAUUAUUAGAGAAAUGGAAAUAUCAAAGGUUUUAGCCGAAAGAACACUAAGAGAAUGUCAUGGAGACGUAGUCAAAGCAUUAAUCAUUUUGACCAAUUAACUUCUGAAAAUUUAUGUAUUGAAUAAAAAUACCAUGUAUAUAUAAAAGGUUUAGUUUGAUCACCGCUUUAUUGAAACAAUAAAAUUAAAGUUAUUGAUUA